AUGCAACUGGCCCGCACUGUCCUCACCGCAUUCGCGUGCCUCCUGUGCUGCUGCGGGGCGCGAGCCCAGGGCCAGCGGGCGCACACAGGCACAUUUUCCAAGAACAUCCACAGCCUGCCCAAGACCAUCUUGAAUCAUCGCCUGUUCAGCAAGCUGAAGGGCGGCAUCCAGUCGAGCGCGCAGCGGUUCCUGCACGCCAGGGGACAGAGGACAUUCGACAUCCCUGUAGAAAUUGACGUGGUUCUGGUGGGCUUUGAUGGUGUUGGGGCAUACGAGUACAAAGUCGAUCCGCACAAGCUUGAAGAUCUGCUGGCCUCAUAUUACAACACCCGGCGCCCACAUGCAAAGGAUUUGGAUGAGCAGCUCUUUGUUCAGUACGCAGUCACCUACAAUGUUGUUGAGGCACCAGAGAUGGCGAUUCUGCAACUGGAAAAUGUAAUCAUGCAGUCGCUUGUGCCUUCUGGCACUGUGAGAAAGUACGGACAAGGCCCCACCUGGCUGAAUGAUGGACUUGGCAAAGACAUGGAGUCUUUCGAUGUGGAGGCACUGGAUGUGGAGCCUGCCAUCGACAAGUUGAUUGCAGAAAUGUUUGGAAGCAGGGCAGCUUCAGCCGACUUGCAGCAGGAGAGCGCCGUUGUCAUAUUGAACCCAAACAAGCGCAGGAUGAAGUCUAAGAUGCCCAACAGCACCGCCAUGCCGAUGAGCUCACCAUUCAGCACUCAUGAUUGGGACAGGGGCCUCUGGGACGUCGAGGCCUUGGCACACGAGGAGGCUGGGUACAUGUACCGAUACCAAUACAACGGGGCGGGCAGAUCUGCGGCGUGGCUGUCGGGCAGCAACUACAUCGUGAUCGACGUGGCAGCGGGGCCUUGCACGUUUGGGCCACGAAUGGGCGCUUCGGGAGUGGUCACUCCCCUGUCCAUACCAAGGAUUUCGGAUGUCAUGUACCAGAGCGUCGGCUCUCUGAUGCUGCAUGGCGACAACAUGACCGACGCGGAGACCAUGACGGCUGUGGCCGUUGCGCGGGACGCAGUCUUCAGGGGGAAGGUGGCGGCGACGAUUGUGUCUGCCAUCCGGCACGCCAUUCUCCCCGACGUCUGGGUGAACAACGUGGGCAACUUCGAGCGCGUCAUGGUGCCAAUAAUGGUGGUCCGCAACCACCUGGAUUUCAACCCCCUGGAGCCCGGCCACCGCUGCUCUAUAAACGCCACGCGCAUUCAGGAGCAGGUCUUUGGGAUGCUGGGGACGCGCCAGGACGCCGUGGUCACAAUUUCGCUGCACUCGCUGCACGAGCAUCGCCAGCUGGCUGUUGCCCUGAAAAAGGCGAUGUACAGCAAAUCGGAAGCCGUUGUGCUGGAUGGCGAUGCACCUGGCAUCCACAGGCGUUUCAACUCGUACAUUAACGCAGACGCCCUUUUGGAAGAGUUUGGCCAUGCUUCCGACACAUUGACCUCAGGCUGGAUAGGGGAGAGUUUGGACAAGCGGACGCCGUGGGCAUCCAAAGAGAAGCGCCACAACACCCGCAUCGUUCCUGUGUAUGUCCUUUCAAUAAAGGACGCCCCGUUCAAUCUGCUGAUGGACAACAGAGGAAUAAUGGCCGCAAACGAGAAUGCAGUCAUCGUGCUGCAGACUGCCACUGUGGUGGGCGCGUCGCAGUACGGGCAGGCCGACGUGGGCCACAAUUUGGAGGGGCAGCCCGUGUACAUUUCGACACUGGAGGUGGAGAGGCACAUCACCGCUGGAAUCGCCACGACGCUCAUGGGCGCCAGCCCGCCCUACGAGUCCCACAACACUUACAGGCGCGGCGCCUCCAACGACUGGCUGUGGGCGGUGGGCCACACACCCCACGGGCCCUACUCCAACGUCUCCACCCUCAGCGCCCUGAGCCUGGCGUCCAUGCGCCGGGGGGCGGUCGCCAUCCGCGUGGAGCAGCUGCUGAGGGCCCUGCGGGCCGCGUUGGCAAAGGUGGACGCCUUCUCGGAGGAGUACUGCAGGCCGGCCUUUGCUGACGUGACCGGAGUGGGGCGCGCGGUGCCCCCCCCAGAGAACGUGACGUGGCUGGACAUUUUGUACCGGGAUGCGGGCGGAGGCGACCCGCCCCUCCCCCCCACCGUCAUCAGUGACAUGGAGUCUUCCCUCCUGCGCUUCGAAAAGGAGCUGGUGUCCGCGGCCCGCAUGAUCUACGACGGCAAGCUCACCGAAGCCGAGCAACACCUUAAGCUUCUGGGCGGCCUGGAGAGGGGCUUCGUGCAGAAGGUGGACGCCGCCCUGGCCGAUGCGCGAGCCAGAGUGAGCUGCUGCCACGUGGAGCACGCGCUGCGGCGGCCGCCAUCGCGGCUGGCCGUUUACACCGUGGUGGUGUGCGGGGCCAUGCUGGCUUGGGCGGUGGUCGGGGCGUGCUGCGUUGUGCGGGAGGGCGAGCAGGGGCCGUUUCUGAUGCAGUCGCACGCGGCUGGCUUCCGAUUCUGA